CGAAUUCACAGUGUGUUUGAUCACCACACGACUGUGGAUCUUGGGAUGAUAUUUUGAUAUGGCGGAUCUUGGGGUGCCAGAGUCGGAAGUGCUGUCUUCAUUCUUGGAAGUCUUCAAGACCCAAUUUGCAGAGCUGCGGGUUCAAUUGGUGCAGGAGGUAUGCCAUGCGGUGCGUGCGACUGCGGUGGGUGGCAGCAAAGGCUCCCGCCGCAACAGCGGCGAAAGGAGCUUAGACCCUAGCGAGUUCAGCGCAGGCGAGCGCGGUGAACGCGAGGGUUCGCUCCUGAGACCGCACAAGCCCUUCGCAUCGCACAAGAUCCUGGCAGAGCUAGAGGAGGAGGAGGAGAUCAAGCCUGUGCGCCGUGACGACAGGGUCCACCCGGUGCAGGUUCAGGUUCCUCAGCCGAUGGAGAAGUUGAAGUCGAUGCGGUCGGAGACCUCCAGCACCUCCAGCGAGCCAGUGGCGCCACCAAUCGAGCCUGCUCCCACUCUCGCCGAAACGGGGCAUGAGCUGGGGAGCAGCACCACGCAGUAUGGUAGCAAUGAUGUGUACAGCCCAGCUAUCUCGGCAAGAACAAGCCGAAAAGGGCACGGCACAAUGACGGAGAAGGCCUUUGGCCUCACCCGUGCCGGCUCGAUGACCUCGGUGGACUUAGAUCGCUACUUCUGGCUGCGGCAGAGGCUCUUGCGGAUGGUACAAAAUGUAUGGUUUGAAACCAUCUCCAUGAUAGUGCUUUGUGCGAAUGCAGUGGUCAUUGGUGUUCAAACGGACUACAUGGCCACAAAUAACCUGGCUUCAGUGCCGUGGACCUUGCGAUGUUUUGAUAUAGGGUUUUGCCUCUUUUUCACCCUAGAGCUCCUGUUGCGGAUUUCUGCUCAUGGGAAGCGCUUCUUUACCAUGAACGGCUGCGCCUGGAACAUCAUGGACCUCCUUCUGGUGAGCGCCCACGUCACCGAAGAGGUUCUUCUGAUGGUGGCAGAUGUGGAGAUGCAGGCAUCUGCAGGCACUGCAGGGAGGUUGUCAUCGAACACAAACCCAGACAUCAUGCGUGUGAUCCGAAUCCUCCGUGCCAUCAAGGUGGUCCGCUUAGUGGGAGCUGUUCGCUUCACACAGGAUCUGCAGCUGCUGAUCAACUGCUUGUUUCGCUCUUUGAAACAGUUUUUAUGGUCUGCCCUCCUGCUCCUUUUGGCCAUAUACGUGGUGGCCAUCUACAUUUGCCAGGCUGCUACAACCUAUCGCUUGGAGCAGAACGAUGAUGGGGCGCAGAUACCUUGUUCCGUUGAUGUUGCCUCGCAGAAAGCGCUGAUGCUGAAGUGGUGGGGCUCCAUGCCGCAGAGUGUCCUAUCGCUCUUCCAGGGGGUGACCGGUGGUGUCGACUGGCAUGCGAUCGCUGACCCGCUGAUCGAUGGGAUCAGCCCCUGGUUUGGACUCCUGUUCAUUGUCUUCAUGGCCUUUUGUAUUCUAGCGUUGCUCAAUGUGAUCACUGGAACCUUUGUGGAGACCAUGAGUCAACAGGCCAAGGAGCUCCAGCUGAGAAAUCGAAUCUAUCAGGCCCGGCGGCUCUUCCGAGAGAUCGACAUUGAUGGGUCUGGCUUUAUCAGCCCCGACGAGAUCUUGGGUCAGACUUCCACCCCAGCGGUGCAAGAGUUCUUUGAGACCAUCGAUGUAGACCCCUCUGAUGCCAAGGGCCUCUUGGAGGUCAUAGACAUCGAUGGCAACGGCAAGAUCAACUUCGAAGAGUUCCUGGAAGGCUCAUUGCGGCUGAACGGUUCUGCCAAGUCUUCCGAUCUCAUAAUGCUGGCGAGGGAAAUGAAGCGAUUCCAGACGACGCAGCUGCGCGAGCUGGCGGAAAUCAAGGCAGCCCUGGUUUAGGCCAUUUGACUUCCUUGACCUCCUUGUGCCGCCCCAAAAUAUGGGGCGUUUCACGUGACCGCGAAUGCGGGGAGCGGAGCACAAGAGUUCCGAGAGCGCAAGGCAAGCUUGCAAGGUGUCUGUCGAAGUUUG